AUGCCAUCCAAGAAAUACGUGGAUCUAAUCAAUCCUGUAGCUUCGUGUAGCACCGCGUAUCAUAGCGUUAACUUUGGCUAUUCGUCGCCUUCGUCAAUUUGCACAGAUCACUUACUGAACAGCAGUACAUCAAAAGUUUAUACAAAAUUAUACGUUGAUAAGCGGAAAUCGUACUGUUCGUCGUUGUGCGACGACCGUCAGCUGUUAUCCUUGGUUCAUUCAGCUGUAGAAUCCCAUUGUAACCUCAACUGUGCUUCUGAACCAUUCACUGCCCCAAGGGUAUUUCGUCGUUUUCCCAAACGUUCCCUACUCCCCCUAGUUUUUUAUUGGCACGUUAUUUCUGUUGUUACGUGCCUUAUGGUUACGGGUUUUACUGUUCGUGCAAGUGUUUUAAACGACCUUAUGCCAAAUUCUAGUGUUACUCUAUUAUCUACAUUAUCUUCUUCCGUUUAUCAAAAUCCUUUACUUAGGCAUCUAAGAAGUAAGAAUUUGGUUCAACCUGUAUGCCUUGUUUGGACUUCAAAGGCUCCUAAAGAUUUAUGUAAAGAAACUCCACACGUAAGACUAAGAAAGCUUAAAGAAAUGUUUGUUUUUAACAAAGACAGUGAGGAACCGAACAACAUCAAAAUAGCUCAAUUGUUCAAUGUUCAAACUUUGCCGUCAUUAACACCAAAGUCAGAACUUGCAAAACGCUUAAGCCAUCUUAAAGAAGGAGCGGACGGACGUGACUGCAUUGCAGCCUCUGAAAGAUCAAUAUGCGAAAAGUGUUUCAAAAAGUUGGACGUGGCACUUCAGAGCGUUGAUAGAGCUUACGCACAACUGAAUUCGACGCUGCACAGAUUUGACUGUAUGAGAGCAAGCAAUACGGCGACCGCGACAAGGCCUUUUUCGUCAAUUGGCUCCUGUUAUGCCUGCAAGAUUUGGUACCGUUAUUGGUUGCUAGUAAAUUCGCUAAACCUACUACGUAAUCGGCCUUGCUUAGACUGGUGCGAGUACACACAGAGGGCUUGUCCUUAUCUGGCACCUACAAGGUCUGCAGAGUUCGCUGGUCAUCCAAGUUUCCAGUGUCAAGAUCUUCAAAUAGCUGAAAACGUGAAAAACCCAAAUGUUUUUGAUUUGGGAUUUUUUUCUGCUCCUGAAACGCCGAAAUGCGAUUGCUUUCAUCCAUGUGACCUGUUUGGAAAUGUUUUAUUAGUUCCAACAAGUCUUAGAGAGGUGAAGGAACAUUUUUUUUCGCCUAUUCGAUGUAAGGAACGUCAAAAACAGUGUUCUCCAAACAGUAGCAAAAAAAAUUCUGACCUGGAAAAGUUACGUCGUUCAAAGUUGUUGGCUUCAAAACGGCAGCAGUCGGGUAAUGAUGAGAGCAAAGCUCUACUGCAGGACACUGGUACCGAGCAGAUAUAA